UGGUCGUUAAGAAUAUGGUAAUCACUACGGCGGCGUUUAUAUCAUUUUAUAUUAACCGUUUUAACCACCUUCACCACCACCGGCGGCGUCCCCCCACUUCCCUUUUCCGUCAGCCGUCGCCCCUAAUUCCCUCCAUUUCUUCAAUUACGAAUUAAAAAAUAAAAAUUCCAUUGAUGGAAUCGUAAAAUCAAAAAUAAAUAAAUAAAUCUAUAAUUUCUUCCAUCAACCAACAAGGUAAUGCCAUGAAUCGACUUGUUUGGGAUUGAGACGUUGUUAUUGUUAUAUUAUAUGAUUAUACACUUGUGUUUUGGAUUUGUGUGAUUCAGGUUUGAUGGAUCUGGAAAUGGGGCUACCUUCGGCCCCACAUCCAAUUUCGAACAUGAAUUAUGCCGGCGAGCCAUCAUCGUCGCCGUCGCCAAGAGCACCGGCACUUGUGGUGUCACAUUCAAGCAAAGCUUUGAUUCCAUCAAAUUCAGGGAAAGCCCUGUUUGUGUCAAAUUCAGGGAAAGCAUUACUUUUAUCGAAUUCAGGGAAAAGGAUGGAUCCAACAGGGAAGAAAAAGUAUGUAAAGCAGGUGACAGGGCGACAUAACGAUACGGAGCUGCAUCUCGCGGCUCAGCGUGGGGAUGUGGGUGCUGUGAGGGAUAUAUUAGGGGAAAUUGAUGCACAGAUGUUGAAAACCAUGAGCGGGGCGGAGUUUGAUGCAGAGGUUGCUGAGAUAAGGGAAGCAAUGGUGAAUGAGGUAAAUGAAUUAGGCGAAACAGCGUUGUUUACCGCUGCUGAAAGGGGAUAUAUUGAUGUUGUUAAGGAGUUGUUGCCUUAUAGUACAAAGGAAGGGAUCACGACGAAGAAUCGUUCUGGUCUUGAUCCCUUGCACAUUGCUGCUAACCAAGGUCAUCAAGCUAUUGUUAAGUUACUGUUGGAGCAUGAGCCAGAGUUGAGCAGGACAGUUGGUCAAUCGAAUGCAACUCCUCUUGUAUCUGCAGCCACAAAAGGGCAUACAUCAGUUGUCCAUGAAUUGCUUUCCAAGGAUUCUAGCUUGUUAGAGAUAUCAAGAUCUAAUGGAAAAAACGCGUUACAUUUGUCUGCACGUCAAGGCCACGUGGAUAUUGUUCAAGCAUUGCUGGAUAAGGAUCCACAACUGGCAAGAAGAACUGAUAAGAAAGGACAGACUGCUUUACACAUGGCUGUAAAAGGCGUUAGCUGUGAAGUGGUGAAGUUGCUUCUGCAAGCAGAUCCAGCUAUUGUAAUGCUUCCGGAUAAGUUUGGCAAUACUGCAUUACAUAUUGCCACACGGAAAAAGCGGUCAGAGAUAGUGCAAGAACUAUUGAUGCUCGAUGACACAAAUGUCAAUGCAUUGACUAGAGAAAACAAAACAGCUCUAGACAUAGCUGAAGGUCUUCCUAUGUCUGAAGAAUCUACAGAACUAAAAGAGUGUUUGCAACGUUAUGGUGCUUGUAGAGCCAAUGAAUUGAAUCAGCCGCGAGAUGAGCUUAGGAAGACUGUGACAGAAAUUAAGAUAAAUGUUCACUCCCAGCUUGAACAAGCUCGAAGGACUAACAAGAACAUGACUGGUAUUGCAAAGGAGCUUCAAAAGCUCCACAGAGAAGGAAUUAACACUGCUACCAAUUCUGUAACUAUAGUUGCCUCUCUUUUUGCAACAGUAGCUUUUGCUGCUAUAUUCACAGUUCCUGGUGGUGAUCUUGAUUCCGGAUACGCUGUGGCCUCCAACACCCCUGCAUUUAAGAUCUUCUAUAUCACAAAUGCUCUUGCACUCUUCACGUCCUUGGCUGUCGUGGUUGUACAAAUCACAGUAGUCAGGGGUGAGACAAAAUCAGAGAAAAGGGUUAUUGGGGUGAUUAACAAACUCAUGUGGUUGGCCGCGGUUUUCACUAGUCUGGCCUUUGUAUCUGCUUCUUAUGUCGUUAUUGGAAAGCGUAAUAUAUGGGCUGCAAUUUUUGUUACAGUUGUUGCAGGGAUCAUAAUGGCAGGGGUUUUAGGUGCAAUGACUUAUUAUGUUGUGAAGUCUAAAAGAAUUCGCAAAAUCAGGAAGAGGGAGAAGUUUACAAGGACUAGAACCAACUCAUUUCACACAGAAUUUUCCGAUUCAGAUGUAAAUCCAAUGUUUGCUCUCUGAUUCAAGCUAUAGUGGUUUCAGAGUAUCUGUGUGUCAUCUCAGACAAGAUAUGAAGAACAGUGAUCGAUUGCAGUAGGUCGUUGCUGGAAAUACUGAAGCUGCAUUUCAGCAGUUUUGUAAACGAAUUCGCCUCUGGAAACUGGCCGGAUAUAUUAAUGGUAGAUGAAGAGAAGAGAAAGCAAUCACAGCAAAAUGGUACAAGCACUAUUUGAAGAAGGUUUUUGUUUGUGCUAGAAGUGCAUAAUAUUUAAAUUUCUACAAAAACAAAUAUACAUUGUCCCCUAUUCCUUUUUCAUUUUUCUUAAAUUCCUUUUUGUCGAUAAAAUUUUGCGCUAAUCUUAGUUAGUGUAUUUCUUUCUAUUUAAUCUCAGACUAUCAUCUUGUUAAGUCAAA